ACCCAUAAAUCCCCACAUUAUUUCUCAACACCAACACAAUAUUUUCUCACUACUCUUAGCUAUCUCCAAAAUGAACCAUUCCCUCACUAUCUACGCCCUUCUCGCUCUCCUCCUAGCCACCGGAAAAUACGUCUCCGGCCAGAACUGCGGCUGCGCUCCCAACCUAUGCUGCAGCCAAUACGGCUACUGCGGCACCACCAACGAUUAUUGUGGGCCCGGCUGCCGUUCGGGGCCGUGCACCGGUUCGUCGGGAGGGAAUACAGUUGCUAGUAUAGUGACGGAUAAUUUCUUCAAUGGAAUUGCUAAUCAGGCGCCGGCGGGCUGCGCCGGAAAGGGAUUCUACACACGCGCCGCCUUCCUCCAAGCGAUUCAGCCGUACCCGACAUUCGGCACCGCCGCCUAUUCUAAGCAAGAGAUCGCGGCGUUCUUCGCGCAUGUCACGCAUGAGACUGGACACUUAUGCUACACAAGAGAGAUAAAUCAAGCUAACAGCUAUUGCGAUAGUACCAAUACACAGUGGCCAUGUACACCGGGCCAAAAAUACUUCGGCCGCGGCCCAUUGCAAAUAUCGUAUAACUACAACUACGGCCCGGCGGGCCAAGCAAUAGGCUUUGAUGGAUUGAACAACCCCGAUAUCGUGGCCACAAAUCCCGCUAUCUCAUUCAAAACCGCAUUGUGGUUUUGGAUGAACAACGUGCACUCGAUUAUCACAUCGGGUCAGGGUUUUGGGGCGACGAUUAGGGCUAUCAACAGCAUCGAAUGCAAUGGGGCGAAUCCUACCGCCGUGACUGCUCGUGUUAAUUACUAUACAAGCUAUUGUAGCCAACUCGGAGUCGAUCCCGGGCCUAAUCUUCGCUGUUAGGAGGGAUUCAUUAUAGAAUAAAUCAAUGUGGCCUCUUGCAUGAGCUGAUUAAUAAAUGAAACAGGGCUGCUGGAAUAAAUUAUGUUUGAUCGAUGCUAAUGAUAAUUAUGACAUGUGUUUGAAGUAA